CUCUCUCCUGUGCUGCUUUAGACUCCGAGAAUGUUCUUGUGCUUCGUCGGGAUGUAUUGAAGUACUGUAUUGAAAUAUUUUCCCCAGCUACAGAUGAACCGCCACAGUAAAGGAUGGCUCGAUUAAUUAAUAUGCACAGGACUUCCCUGGCCACGUGGAAAGGACUUAUAUCUGUGCGCUCCAUGGUGACAUGUCCCAGAGUAGUUCUAGGGAUAGAAACAAGCUGUGAUGAUACCGGGGCUGCAGUUGUUGAUGAACAUGGAAACAUACUUGGAGAAGCUCUUCUGUCUCAGAAAGAUGUUCACUUAAAGACGGGUGGCAUUAUUCCAUCAGUGGCACAGCAGCUUCACAGAGACAACAUUGAUAGAGUUGUUAAUGAAGCCAUUGUUUCUAGUGGGAUUUCAGCAAGUAAGCUUUCAGCUAUCGCCACAACCGUGAAGCCUGGACUGGCUCUGAGUCUUGGAGUUGGCCUAAUAUACAGUUUAAAUUUGGUAAAACAGUAUAAUAAGCCUUUUAUACCUAUACACCAUAUGGAAGCUCAUGCCUUGACUGUUCGGUUGUUGCAUCCAGUAGAGUUCCCAUUCUUGGUACUGCUGAUUUCAGGAGGACAUUGCCUCUUGGCUGUAGCCAAUGGAGUAUCAGAUUUUUUGUUGCUUGGACAGUCCAUAGAUGAAGCACCAGGCGACUCUCUGGACAAGGUUGCCAGACGCCUUUCACUGAUCAAACAUCCUGACUGUUCUUCUAUGAGUGGAGGACAAGCAAUAGAGCACUUAUCUCAGUUUGGGGACAAAACCUUUUGUAGAGAAAUUCAACCAAAGUCGCGACACCGGGACUGCAACUUUUCUUUUGCUGGACUGCGAAGUCACUAUAAUUAUAUUAUUCAAAAAAUGGAGGCCGUGGAAGGUCUGGAGCAGGGAGCUAUUCUUUCAUGUGCAGCUGACAUUGCUGCUUCAUUCCAGCAUGCUGUGGCCUAUCAUAUCAUCAAGCGGACACAACGAGCUAUUCUGUUCUGCAAACAGGAAAAUCUUUUACCAGUUAAUGCAUCUUUGGUUGUGUCCGGUGGGGUUGCCAGUAAUGGAUAUAUUCGCCAUAUGCUGCAAAAUUUAACAGAUGGUAUGGAUAUGUCGUUGCUCUGCCCACCUCCACAUCUCUGCACAGACAAUGGCAUCAUGAUUGCUUGGAAUGGUAUUGAGAGGUUGCGUGCUGGUGCUGGGAUUCUAAAUGACACAUUUGAAUUUCGUUAUGAGCCCAGAGCUCCUCUCGGGACAGACAUUUCAGAACAAGUGAGGAGUGCUGCAAUUAAGGUGCCUUCUCUUAAAAUAAAGAAUACUUUAUCUAAGCAAGGGGGAUAGCUCUACCUGAAAAGGUACUAUACAGUAUAUCUGAUGAAGAUGGACCUCAGCUACCGCUCUAGUGGAUGCAACUGCUGCAUUGAAAGAUGUGUACAU